AUGGGCUCUCUUAAAGAUGCAUGUCAAGCAGCUUUCGGUCCAACUGUAAUUCAAGAAGUUCAUCCAGAUAGUUUUUCUCCUUACAUAAAAUACUCCAAUCUUUCAUAUUUCAGCGUCGUCCACACGAUUAUCGAUUAUUUAAAUGUAAAUUUUGUUGUUUGGCCAUACGAAAUUACUUCUGAAUCGAAUAGAUAUACAUUAACAAAAAUUUGGGAAGAAAUAUUUUCUACUCAAUUCUUUGAUAAUUUUUCCAUUGGACAAUGUCCUUUACUUAUUGGAGUUAUGAGACUAUUUGAACACAAAAUAGAUGGUAUCGUAACAUCUGAAUAUCAAUUUAAAUCAUUAAUUAUAGGUAAUAGUUUGACACGUACUCAAAUGACAGUUAAUCGUGAAAAUCUAUUGAAUGAAUUGGAUAUUUUCAAAGAAGAAUAUGAUAAAAAUGAACAAGACUUAUCAUUUAGUUUCGUUAAAAAGACUGGUCUUUGUUGGGAAAUUAUUUUUGAAAUAAGUCAAUAUCUUUCGUUGAAUGAUGCAAUUUCGGCAUUUUCUAUUGAUAUUCUUUCUUUAUUAAAUAAUUUUCAAUCAAAAUUUCAAUUACCUAAUCCUUAUGAUCCAUUUAUUAAAAUCAUUUUUCGAAAAAUCAAAUCUGAACAGAUUGUUUCAUUAGAAUUCAAUACAAGUCAAUUGUGGUUAGAGACCGAAUUAGCCUUCUUGUCUAAUAUUAACAAAGUCAUUUCAAUAACACUUCAUAAUUCACCAUAUUCUGAUCAAAUUAGUGAAUAUAUAAAAUGUUUUCCAAACUUGACCCGUCUUUCUCUCUAUUAUGACGAUAAAGUUAAUUAUUUUAUAUUCAAUGAAGUAUUAAUUCAAGCUCGGCAACAAAUCAGACGAUUUGAAAUUCAUUGUCCCGAAAUAUUUUGUAUUGAUGAUGAUGAUAUUGACCAAUUAAAAAAACGGCAAAUGUCUUGUGAAGAUGAAUUGGUUGCAAAUGGUGGUAUUUUACAUACGAAAUAUGAUAAGCACAAAGGAAUUAUGUUUUCAAAAGUUUCUAAUCGCUUCACAGAAAUGUCCCCAAUUGACAUUGAUAAUCCAAACAAAGCUGAUGAAACAAAUUGUGAAUAUUGCCUAUGUCAUACGCACUAUGCACAUUGUAAUGAUCGAAUAUGGAAUUGUCCAAACGGUACUGAUGAACUCAGUUGUUCUUACAUAUUAUAUUCUUAUCAAUGCAACAAUAAUGAACAUCAUUAUCUUCUUAUUAAUAACACUAUGGAAGAUUGUUCAAUCAACAAGAACGAUAAAUUUAAUUGUGUAACACCAAUUCAAGGUUGUUUACCAGUGGAACGUUCAGGUGAUAAACGGGGUGUGCGUGGGGUGGUUUUACGUGGUAUCUAUGGUUAUGGUCUUGAACGUCCUACGGAUGUUCAACAACGUGCUCUCGAACCGUGCAUUUCGGGUUACGAUGUGAUUGUGCAAGCACAAUCAGGCACGGGCAAAACGAUAACCUUCAUUAUUGCAGUUUUACAACGACUCAACAUGGAGUGCAAAGAUUGCCAAGCAUUAAUUCUAGUACCAACGCGUGAAUUGUCUCAAAAGAUCCAUAGAGUAGUUUUAACAUUAGGUGAGCAUAUGAAUGUGACAUGUCAUGCUUGUAUUGGUGGUACGAAUCUUCGUGAGGAUAUGAAACAGCUUGAAGCAGGUGUUCAAAUUGUUGUUGGUACACCUGGUCGAAUCUAUGAUAUGUUAAAGAGAUCAGUACUUCGUAGUGAAAAUAUCAAAAUGUUCGUAUUGGAUGAAGUUGAUGAGCUUUUAUCUCGUGGUUUUAAAGACCAAAUCUAUGAUAUAUUUACGAUGCUGUCAGGAAAUGUUCAGGUCAUUGUUGCAUCGACUACAAUGGCUUUCGAUUUACUCGAAAUUACAGCUAAAUUUAUGAAUGAUCCUGUGAAAGUUUUUUUUAAGAUAGAAGAACGAAUGCUCGAAGGUGUUCGUCAAUUUUAUGUGAAUGUCGAACGUGAAGAGUGUAAACUAGAUACAUUAUUUGACUUGUUUGAUACAUUAACGAUCACCCAAACUGUCAUCUUUUGUAACACACGUCAAAAAAUCGAUUGGUUAACUGAAAAACUACGUGCACGUACUUUAACUGUGUCUGCUCUGCAUCUUGAUAUGGAUGCACAACAACGUAAUGAUGUCAUAAAAGAAUUUCGAACGGGUUCCAGUCGAAUCUUGGUAAGAACAGAUAUGCUUGAAGCUGAUACUGAUAUUCCACAAGUUAGUCCUAUUAUCAAUUAUGAUCUACCGACUAAUCCUGAGAGCUAUAUUCAUCGUAUUGGACGUCGUGGCAGAUUCGGUCGAAAAGGUGCGACUAUCAAUUUCAUUACCAAUGAUGAACGACAAAUACUACAUCAUAUUGAACAAUAUUGUAAUACACGAAUCGAAGAAUUGCCCAUGGACAUUGCCGAUUUGAUUUAA